AUGCUGAAGGACUUCAACUUCAGCCGGGAGGAGGUCCACACCAUGGAGGGUUAUGAGAUUGAACUCAAAGGCAAAUAUCCGGAGCAUCCGCCCAGUUGGAGCGAUCCCUUCACGGUGGAAGUCUCCUCCAAGGUGAGUAUGGGCUUAGUGCUAAAGAGCCUCACCAGCAAUCACCGCGAAUUGGUGGAGGUCAUGGCCAAGAACCAGCUGGAAGGUCGGAAGGAAGGGAUCUCCAUGCCAGACCUUUUGGUGGUGGCAGAAGAUCGCAUGAUCGCCAACAACUUGACGAAGUUGAGGCGGUUGCUGAACGAGCUGACUGAUCACGACAUCGUAGUGCAGAGGCAAGGUCAUGAUGGCAGCACCGUGUAUGCGUUGGUGGCCAAGGACCCACUCUUGAGGCGACUGGCACAGGGCGAGAUGCCGUGUGACGGUGAGGCCGACAAGGAUGAGGACGAUGAUGAGGCCCCGUCCUCGAUCGAGUGGCCAGAGCUGGCCAGAGCGAUCUAUCGAAGCCUCCCGCAUCUCGAUCGAGAGAACGACGCCAACCGCUGCCGCCGCGACCACAACGACGUCGGUUCUUCGUUUCUCAUGCGCCGCAUACAGAAAGUGGCGAGCCAUGUGACGCCGGAGCCUUGCCGAGGCCAAGGCAAGGGCGAGGUCGUGGUGACCCUCAUUGCAGCUGGCAACAGCGGCCAUGUCUGUGCCGCUUUGAUCGAUGGCAACACCCAAGGCCGGGUGAAGGUGCAGUUGCUCACCUCGCGACCGGAGCUCUUCCAAAGCCUUCGACCGAAGGUGCGCUUUCCCAACGGCGAGAUGCAGGAGGGUCUCCUCUAUCGCGUGUCCAGAAAUCCGGCAGAGCUCAUCCCCAAUUCGGACAUCGUCCUGUGGACGGGUCCCGUCACCAGCACCAAGGAGGUCUUUGAGAAGUUGCAACCAUACUUCGAUGCUCGAAGGACCUGUAUUGGCACCAUCUUUGCACAAGGGCUGGUGCACGUCUCGGCGCAACGGAUCUUCGGGCCCCACGUGCGCUUCUUCGCCCUCCGCAACAUCCCCUGGCUCUGCCGGGUGGUGAAGGCAGGGGAGGAGAGCGCCAUCAGCGGUGCCAAGAGUGCCAUCGGCGUCAUGACCUGCAAUCUCAGCGAAGAGUGGGUGAAGCGUGAGUUGGAGCCUCUCUUCGUGGUGCAGAAGUGUGGAAAGAGGGAGCCCACCCUGGAGCUCCUCCCCGACUUCUGCCCAGUGGUCUUCAAUCCAGCGAAUCAAAUCAUUCAUCCGGCCAGGUACUGGGCCAUGUUCCGCAACUGGCGAGGGGUGCCCCUAUCCAAAGAGGAGGAGCCGCCGGAAUGGCUGUAUCGGGACAUGGAUGAAACUGCCGGGCAAGUGCUGGUGGUCUUGGACGAGGAGCUGCAAGCCUUGAAAGAUGCCUAUUACCAGGCGACGGGUGCCGAAGGAUGUCACCAUGUCAUCCCCUUGGCCACACGGCUCCUCGAGCAAUAUGGCGAUCAAAUCGCCGACCAGUCCACCAUGGCGAAAAUGGUGGGCACCAACAAGGCCUACUCCAUGGCCAGGACUCCCGUGCUGCGUACCAUGCAGGGCGUGAUGCCACACCCCAACCACCGGGUGGUCACGGACGACAUUGGUUGGGGUCUUUGUGUCUUGGUCUCCAUCGCCGAGCGCUUGCAGGACUUCGGCGUGCAGACGCCCACCACGAUGAUGCGGAUGCUCAUCGAGUGGCAUCAAAAGAUCAUGAAGAAGGAGUAUCUCUACAACGGCCGGCUCCGGGGCCGCGACUGUGCCGAGCUGGUGCUCCUGGGCCCGGGCGAUGAGCUCUCCAUGGUGGCCAAGGGCGUGGAGUCCGAGAGCGGUGGUGACUGGAUCUCCAAGGCGGACGGCCAGGCCUCAGAACCUCGAUACGGGAACCCUUGAGGCGACCAGGCUCUCGAGCGCUUCCCCUGGGGGGUGCUGGAUGAGUGGAGAUCCGGGAACCCCCCGCCGCGUCGGUCGCGGGAGGAGCCGCCAGGACCGCCGCCUGAGAGGUGCGGUUUUCGCUUUUGAGAAUCCAGCAGCCACAAUUCACUAGCAGCUCCUCCACGAAGAUUCUCCGGCUGGUUGACUGACAUUUUCCGCAGUUGAGGGGCGAAUUCCUCGAGUUGCUUCCGCUGCCUAAUUCAGAGAAGGCAUGCGAAGACUCUU